AUGGCCCGCAAAUCCGGCGCGGCCCCGGACGAGAUCGGUGCGGGGCCUCCGUCCCCCGAUCCGGGGGCGGUGUGGGACGCCGAGGGAGGCGCUGCCCGCGGGGCCAUGUCACUGCGGGGCGGCACAAGGGAGCCAGGCCAGCCCCCUAUGAGAGCCCGUCCCAAGCCGCAAGACUCCACAGCGGGCACUGCCCCCACCGAGUGGAGAGGAGUGGGCUGCCCACCCACCGAAGCGGGGCCGGGCGGAGCACUGACCGACGCCCCGCUCCCGGCUGCCUUCACCGGCUGCGCAUGCCCAGCAGGCUGGGCAGACCCACAGACGGGCGAAAUCGUCCCCCCCGCUGAGGAACCCGACUCAGGGGUGGGAGAGCCCACCCUCACCAGGCUCAGGGAGACACCGCAAUUUUGA